AGAUACAUUGAGGAGCUUGUAUUGGAGUAGCCAUAUCCGCACGAGAGUUGAAUAAUGCAUAGUUCAAAACUUUGUUAUCUUGUUUUGUACUUUUAAAUAAGUGUGUACGGAGAAGCCAAGGUUAAUAAUGUACGGACUCAAAGUCGUUCUACUCAAUGGAAAUAAGCUUCAAUUUUUUUAGAAAUAACUUAUUCUGAAGUGGUGCAUUCUAUAGGCUUCGGAUUGGUUAAUAAAAGAUUCAAAAUUGGUUGACAAACAUUCUACCUUCAGCUUCACUUAUAUUAAAAAAUGAGAUGAUAUAUUAUUGCCAUUGAGAAUAAGAAAUAGCAUAACGGCCGGUUCUCCUGAGAAGUUCAUUUUUAGUUUCAGAUCGAAAGAAUUACAUGUGCUUUGGAAUUGAAACUAUAUAUGAUCUGCAAAUUAAAAUGAGGGGAAAUGAACCAAAUAAGGAAAUAUUUGGUCUCACAACCGGGAUUCGAGCAAAAAAACUUUAGUGUUCCGUAAUAUAGAAACAAAAUCCAUAUGGCGCACACUCUCAACCGGGCAAGCAGAUCCAGUCGAUCGCUUCGCAGAGCAGCAGGCAUUCCAGUUCCGAAAUUCGGAAGCCUCCUCAAAGAAGUCGGUGAUGAAGGACGACAUCAAAACCUUCUUUUGUACGCGGUGCUUCUUCCCUUGUCUCUCUACAUCCCCUUCGGCUCGUCGUCACUUCGGUUGCUCCUGUCGACGCCAGACCAUCAUUGCAAAGUGCCCGGGCGGGAGCUUUUUAAUGUUUCAAAAUCGCUGUGGAGGAAGAUCACAAUACCCUGGACGCGAAGCGACGACGGCAGAGUUCGCUUCAGUCGCUGCCUCAUGCGCAAUGUUACGAUAACGCAGGACCCGAGCGCCGGCAUCACCAACAUCGCCAUCGACCCUUACGCCAAUACCAGUUGCCAGUAUGGGACGGUGUAUGACCACAGUGCGUGGCAGGCGACAGCGAGUACAACUUACAACUUGGUCUGUGAUGACGCCUACGUCGUGCCUCUUAUCUUCGGCAGCGCAGUCGCCGCCAAUGUCAUCGGUACUCUGCUCUUCUCCUUCAUGGCUGACAGGUAUGGCAGACGUCCAACAUUCUUUACGUGUCUGGUGCUGAGUUCAGUUUUCGGUUUGAUGAACUUGUUCUCUCCGAACUGGCAAGUCUUUGCUGCUACCAAGUUUUUGUCAUCAAUGCCAUACUUCGCUCUUUAUCAACUGCCGUACAUCAUCCUUGUGGAGCUGAGUUCUGAUCGCAUGCGAGGGCGCACGGCGGCCUUAUGCUCCAUCAGCAUCACCAUCGGUCUUGGAUUGCUGGCUUUGCUCGCGUGGCUUGUCAACCACUGGAAGAAACUUGGUGCCCUCUGCUAUCUGCCGUCGGUAGCUUUUUUCAUCUACUUAAGAUAUCUACCAGAGUCACCUCGAUGGCUGCUCGAUCGUGGACGAGUUGUGCAGUGUGGUAAAAUUCUACAGCAAAUCGCAGAGCGUAACCAGAAGGGAGAACCGCCUGACCUGCUGCCGACACUCGAGUUGAUGUAUCAGCAGCAGACGAAACUGCCACGCUUUCUUACGCUCAUCACUGUGCCCAACCUAAGGAAAAGGAUCAUUAUCGUUACUUUAAAGACAUGCGUGUUGUGCGUGUCUCAUUCCGGGAUCCUUUACAACAUCAGGAACGUGACGAGCAACGAGUUCGUAAAUUUCUUCGCUCUUUCUUUGGUGGAUAUCCCGGGUAACCUUUUAGGCAUGGCCUCUGCCCAGUUCCUUGGACGCCGGCUUACCACAGUCUAUACGCAGUUCAUCGCAGCUGGCUUCUGCUUCUUGGCGUCUGUUACAACUUCUAGUCAGCUGCCACUGACGGUACUCUGCAGCCUGGGGAAGCUGUUCCUGACGAGUACGGUGUUGGUGGUGUUCAUGCAAGUCGGUGAGCUCUUUCCCACGUGUCAGAGGGCCAUCGCAUACGGCAUCUCUGGCUCUCUGGGGCUAGCAUCAUCUGCUGCUGUGCCUUCCAUCAUGGCUCUUGGUCAUUGGAGCCCUAGUCUGCCAUACUGCGUCCUCGGUAUGCUGUGCAUCAUUGGUGCUCUAAUCAGCUGCCUCCUGCCCGAGACUAUGAAGCGGCCUCUACCUCAGACGAUUUCAGAGGCCAAUGCUAUUGGCAACUUACACAAGUUGUGUGGUUGCAUUUCUCUGUGUGGUGCAGACAAGCAGAAGGAAGAAGUAAACCACAACAUGGAUUUCUCGGGAUCUGAUGAAGAGUUGUCCGGCGGUGGCAUGACGUCCCGAAUUUACGUUUGAAACGGACGACUUAAAGCAUAUUAAGAAUUAGAACGUAAUGAUGUCUCACCUUGAGACACUCAGUCUCAGCUUAGUUGAAUAGAAAAGUCAAGUUCUCCUGAUCUUACAAUGAUGUGGUUAAUUUUUAGCUGAGCACUUCUACAAAGAAACGAUGCGUAUGAAAAUCGCUUUCGUCAAUAAUCUGAUUAGUAAAGUACGAUCAUAUUCAGAAUGAUACAAUUUGUUGUCCGAGAAAGAUAUUGCUGAGCAAAUAGCGUGACAUGAAUGUGAGGCGUUGCAUAAACGAUGUUUCUCGUGUUGCUAAUCUAGGAAGCGUGUUUGCCAUCGCUGUGAGCACAUGAAUGAUUUGAGGGCUUACGGAAGUAAAUGAUUUAUGCCAAUCAAAUAACAGAGUUGACCUACAUCUGCAGAGUCCUGCUCUAAUGUUACUUGUGCUCGUUUUGGUAUAGCUGUGAAACAUGUUACUGUGAUGAAUGUUUUACCCAAUCAUUGGUUUCCAGUUAUUUCAAUAUUUUAAAGCUAGGAACCUGACGCUGCGUCGUUUGAUGGUAUACUGAUGAAAAAUGAAUUGCUGCUCGAUUGAUGAAGACCCAUUACUCUGGCCGCAACUUUGUGCUCAACGAUACGAGGUCAUCGUUAUCCUAGAUUCAGUUUUAAUACAAAUUUGAGCGCCUAUCAAACCUUUCCUUACAACUAACUAAGAUAUCCCUAUGAUAAUCAGGUUAAUGUAUUUUGCGAAUAUUUGGCUUACAAGUGGCAUGCUGAUAAUGGCAGCGUCGCCGAUUUUGCGUCAUGUCCUUAAACUUUAUAUUAAGAGUUUUUCAAUGUAAUUAUUUGAAGUAAUUGUAUGUAAUUAUGUGAUUAUUCUAAGUUUCACACCCACUUCUUUGAUACGCGCGCUUAUGAGGUCAGGAGAUGUGAAAAGACGGCAUUUAAUUCCGUCCAUAUUAUGUUUCGAAAAUAAAUAAUUUAAACCAUAAAUCAUUUAACUUAGACCAAUGAUAAAUGUUUUUUCCGCAAUUACCUCAUAAAGCAAAUCUCUUAAAAUACAUAAG